AUGACUUACAGGACGGCCCCUCCUGACGAUCUUUCCAUCGUUCCACCUCCUCCUUCCUACCCCACCGACACCUACAAGGACUACAACCCAUUUGACGACUUUUAUCUGCAGAAGGUUGACGAGAUCCUGCGCCAGGACGCGAAUCAGGAAGGGUUAGGAGACAGCGACUGGCCUUGCUACUCAGGUGCUGAUGGAUCUGGAGACUCCCCAGCUUCUUACUCUUUGCAGAAGGGAGACACCCCAAAAGCAAAUGGACCUCUCUCGACGCCUAGAGUGAUGACGAAAAGCAAGACCAAGAAGACCACGAAGCCCACCAAAUCCAAGAAGAAACGGCCUGCGGCCAAGAGGGAAAUUACGGUCAUUGAUCUCUGUGACAGCGAUGAGGAAGAUCCUAUGCCAAAGGAUACGGGUAUCGAUCAGGACAAACAUGAUGAGCAUGAUGACCUCGAGAAGGUGAAUGGCGAUGACAAUCUCCAAACGGGCAAUGCGUCCCAGGACGAUUCUGACGACACUUCAAAAUUCGUUGAGGCCAUGGAAGGUGGAGCUGGUUCUGUCAAUCCGAAAAUCGACAAUAAUAAAGAGAUUCUCGAACCAACCGCCAUCGAUGUAAGGGCUCUGGAAGCGAAUGUUGCCCCAAGUGAUGAAAUUGGUGUACCCCAAAAUAUGGCUACCGAUGGAAUAAUGAACCCAAUGGAAGACUCUGCAACUGAGGACUUUAUUUUCUCCUCCGUUACAGAGUCUGUGAAAGUCCAUGUGCUGAAAUUUAUUGGGAGGCACCCGUUUAUGUCUCAAUUUGUGCAACCUGUGAAACGCUCUGCGAGGCGUCAAUUCAUUACUGAGAUAUGCAAUGAAGCCGGGUCAAGGGGACUCGACAUUUCAGUGCUUUGGGACCUGAUCAAGUAUGUGCGCAGGGCAUAUCUCGCCAGAGCUGGUGUCAAAGCUGAACCCCUUGCGCCUGAUCUUAACGACAUUCCUUUUGGACAAGAGAUUGAGGACGACUCCGAGUCGAAUCAUCACUUUCAAAAAAAUCACAAAAGGAGCCGCAGAGAAGGAUCCCCGGGCCUGAAGAAUAAGAGAAGCAAGAGGCGUUUACUUGAUGUUCAAGAAUCCCCCAAGCCAGCCGCGACGCCGGAGGUCAUUAAAAUACCCGAUGACGAUACCAGCCCCUCGUCUCCCGAGCUACCAGAUGCUCCAGGCUACGCGGAAGAUGAAAACACUACAAUUGUUCAAGUCCUCAGCACCCCCGACUCGCAACUUGAUCCUGUCGUUGCUGACGGCGACGAAUCCCAGGAUGAGGUCGCCGGGCCUCUGCUUGUUCAGAGCACACUUGAACCAUCCUUGCAUCCACUUGAUGUACAGGCACAUGGAGAUUACGAAGGAAAUACUACUGUUCAAGUUGAGAGCACUCCUGAGUUGCCAGUUGAAUUGAGUGAUGCCGCUUCAACACAUAAUACAGAGACCAUUCCGACAGAGGAGAACGUCGUCGAGUCGACUCUUCCGAUCGAAAACACUCUUAUUGCUCACGAUAAGGAGGAAGACUUUGAAAACGUCCAAGAGACUAGCAAACUCGGAUGGGCGGGAGAGCAUGCGAAUGGCGAGGUUGCGAUCGAGAGCCUAGAUGAACCCAAGAUUUUUAACCAGGCUGCAACAGACGAUCCGCCGGGGAAUUUGAAUUUAAGACUUAUUCCCGAGCAGAACAAGGAUCCUCCCGCCAAGCUGUCGAAAAGCAAGAAGAGAAAACAAAGAAGACAGAUGCUCAUGAAGGCUAUUAAGGAAGGGAAAACCGCCGUUUCGGUGGAUGGUGUUCAACUAGGCCUUCCUCUUCACACGACGACGCCUUCGGGCGACGACCUUGAAGGCCCAACAGCUCACAACUCCGCGAAAGCAGCAAAAGCGAAAUCAAAUGUGAAUGGUGACUGUAUUCCUCGCAACUUAGAAGAAUUAGAGGGUUCACCUAAAGGCGCGACUGAUGCGAUCCAGGAGAAUUUGUUUCCAGACUACCCUCAUGAGACGCCCAGUAAAGUCUCCACGAAGCUAUCCAAGAACCAGAAAAGACAGGAGAGAAUAAGGGCGAGGCGGGAGAAAAGAGAGAGGAGAAAUCAAGAGCAAAAGACGCAAAUCGAGCUGAAAGCGAAACGACGGCCCGUAAACUCCUGGCUCAAGGAUCACAACAAACUCAGUCCCCAAGACACCUCGGUACAGACCUCGGAGACGGAGAAACUGAAAGUUCUCCAGCCUUCGGUUAAAACACGCACAAUAGAUCCCGAACCGAGGAAAGAAAGGAAGCGGAAGGAGCGCGGGCACAAACAAGAACAGAAGAGAGAGCGGAAGCGGAAGAGGGAAUCCUUGAAGCUUGAACUCAACAGCGCUUUCAUCAACGAUGGUCAAAAUCAAGAGGAUCUAUUUGCGAACGAAGAUCUCAAGCUCGACGAGAAAGAGCUCAAGCGACAAGCCAAGAAAGAACGGAAGCAAGAGCAGAAGCGUCAGAGCCGGUCUUUGGCGUCGCUCCACGACAAUGACCGCAUGGAAGAUGAACCUAUCCCAAGCAUCCAGCUCCCAGAUGGCUCAAUCGAGUCUCAGAAACUUGCAAAUGACCGUGGGGACGACGGGGUAUCCUCAGAUCACGACAAACCAACGACCCGACCAGAAGCCCCUUUGGUCAAAGUACGGGAGCCCAUGUCAACUCCCCAACGAGAUAUUCCUACGCCUGGCCGGAUGCCAAUGUCAACCCCGGCAUCUCAAUGCACGAGCGCUUCCCGAUCGAGUGAUUUGCCAGGGGUGACACCCAGCGAUGAGGUGACGUCCAAAUACUUCUGCAUAGCACCACAAGCGGACAUUCUUAGUCUCAAAACAAAUACAAAUGCAUUCGCGGAUAUACCAUAUCCGCUACCCGCCAUGUCGCUACCUGCAGAAACUCGAAAGAUCUUGGAUGAGCUUGAUCUAGGCUCCGACUUUUUGCCCUCUGACUCCUCGCUGAGUGAUCCACCUAGCGAUCUUGAUCUCGAACUUGAAGAUGAUGUUGCUUUGUAUCCAACGCCCAAAGUGUUGCCUUCCAAGAGUCCGCAUUUCCCUCUCCCAGAGUCUGCUGAGCGUCCUAGCACUCCCGUCAAGAACACCAAGUUCCUUGAACCUGAAAUCUCCAAAGUCUCUCGACCAAAACGUCCCAGAAUAUCUCCAUAUUUUCCCAAAACACCAGAUCCCCCCCAGUCUUGUCUUCCUUUCCCACCUAUCGAUGCUCUUUCGUUUGGUCUCGUUCAGGAGCAGCUUGCACACGAACCAUUCAAGUUGCUUAUUGCUACAAUCUUCUUGAACCGGACGCGAGGUGGUGUAGCUUUGCCCAUCUUGUUUAAAGUCUUCGAACACUAUCCCACCAUCGAUGCCAUGGCCUCCGCGAAUUUGGUAGAUCUUGUGUCCAUGAUCCAUUGUUUGGGUUUCCAAAAUCAACGUGCCAAGAAAUGCAUCGCUAUUGCCCAACUCUGGCAGACCGAUGCUCCCGUCAAGGGCAAACGGUAUCGCAAGCUUCAUUACCCGAAGAAGCUGGAUGGUCGAGACGUCCUUGCCGAUGAAUGCCUUGAUGACGAGGAUCCUCGAGCAGCUUGGGAGAUUGCACACUUACCCGGAGUUGGAGCAUACUCCCUAGAUAGCUGGCGCAUCUUCUGUCGGGACGAGCUACGAGGCGUAGCUACGGACUGGAAAGGCACGGAUUCAGCUGUACGCGGCUUUGUCCCCGAAUGGAAGUCUGUUCUACCACAGGAUAAAGAGUUGCGCGCUUAUCUUACUUGGAUGUGGCUUAAGGAAGGCUGGAUUUGGGAUUGCCACACGGGUGAUUUGACUCUGGCUGGAGACAAGACGCUACGAGCGGCCCGGCGGGAGGGCGUGGCGCACGAAGAGGAUGGAAAUUGGGUAUUGCAAACAUCCCCGGUCAAGAAGGCACCGAAUGGAUUGCAUGCGAUGGACUAG